GCACUGCCCUUCACUCCAGAACAGUAGGUGGCGGUGCUGCAUCUCAUGAACGUUGGUGGCAAUCUGCCAUUAAAAGAAAAAGAAGAACGCCGCUAUGCUGCUCAGUCUGAAGGUUGAAAGUUGUUUACCGUACUGGAGAUCUCUUGAUUGUGGGCGGAGACAAAGGGAGACUUCCUCCAACACCAGAAAAACUACAGAGAGAUGAUCAACCAGAGAGCGGAUCAACCAGAGAGAAACAAGCUUCCAGAGACCAGAGAACAAAGAGAGACCUGAGUUAUGGAGACACAGCACGGUGACACCUGUGGGAAGAGUCUUUCCUCAUCCAGAAACCUCAAGCAGCACAUGAUGAUCCACACUGGAGAGAAGCCCUACAGCUGUGACUUCUGUGGUAAAAUCUUCAGCCGAGUUGAGACUUUCAGAGUUCACAGCCGGAUCCAUACUGGGGAGAAGCCCUACGGCUGUGACCUCUGUGGUCAAACCUUUAGCCAGGCUAGCCAUUUCAGAGUUCACCGCAGGACCCACACAGGAGAGAAACCCUACAGCUGUGACCUCUGUGGUCAAACCUUCAGCCGAGUUGACACUUUCAGAGUUCACAGCAGGAUCCACACAGGAGAGAAACCCUACAGCUGUGACCUCUGUGGUCAAACCUUUAGCCGGGCUGGUACUCUCAGCCUUCACAGCAGGACCCACACAGGGGAAAAGCCCUAUUGGUGUGAAUGCUGCAAUAAAGCCUUUUCUUCUUCUACUGAAUUGACGAAGCACAGCAGGAUCCACACUGGAAAAAAGCCCUACAGCUGUGACCUCUGUGGUCAAACUUGCAGUCGGGCUAGUACUCUCAGCCUUCACCGCAAAAGGAAACACACUGGUGAGAAGCCCUACAUCUGUGAAUGCUGUGAUAAAGCCUUCUCUACCUGUAAUGAAUUGAAGAAGCACAGCAGGAUUCACACAGUAGUGACAACCUACAGCUGCCCACACUGUGAUUGUGUAUGUGAAACAAAAAGCCUAUUCAAAAUUCACCUGCGUAUCCACAAUAAAGUUCCUGGCUCAAAAUGAGGAGGUGGUACCAUCCUGAUCAUGUGCACACACGUGCAUGUGUACCGUGCCUUCAAAAGGGUUAAGCAAGCACUUUCACAAGCUACAUUUGUUCUUGUAUUGUAUUAUAUAAAAAGUAUCACAUUAAAGCGUGUAGGGCUGUAUUGGCAGAAACCUGAAUGAUACAGCCCCUUUGUCACUGGUCACUCAGACACUCGUCUGGGACAGUUGUUCAUUUGCACCUAGGAUUGCAAAAUUCCGGGAAUAUUCAAAGGAAUAUACGGGAAUUAACGGGAAUUAACAGGACAUUUUGGGGUAAUUUAACUGUAUUUACCUUGUCAUAAGCAGACAUGCAUGCAAACAUUUAUAAUACAACUUUUGUGUGGACAUACAUACAUCCUACUCUCACUGCUGUAAAAAGUUAGUCUACUGUAUACAAAUAAACUUGUUAUUAAAAUGAACAUGGGUUCAGUUUACCAAGUAAUCAAUAUGCUAGGUAAAGACAAACAGUGUUGGGAAAGUUCACUUUCUACAUGAACUAGUUCAGUUCAUAGUACAUUUUUUUGAACUAAGUUCACAGCUCCAAAAAUGUCUUUCAAUAUGUUGCGAGUUAUAAUUGAAAUCUGUCUGCAAUACCGCUCUUGGCAUCUACGCAAUUCGGCGCUUUCACACUUGCCAGGCAUAGGGCUGAAAUGUUCAGCCCAUGUACGCACACCCAAGAGCACUCUCACGCACAAUUGAGAGCUGACAUGUUUGCGCAAAAUGUUUUACCGUUUUCGUCCGUUCUAAUUUAUCUUCCUUUAUAAUCAUGCAACUAAUAUUUUUUAUUAUUUUACACAUAAUUAAAUGUUUGUUUUAAUAAAUACACACUACACUUACACUUCUGCUCAUUUGUAAAGCACUUUGAAUUGCCAUGGUGUAUGAAUUGUGCUAGGCCUAUUUAAAUGAACUACCCUUGCUUUGCCUUCAAUUCACAUCAACUAUGUUAACGGGGAACCUUGCCAUCCAAUACUAAGUGACUUAUCACGGUAUUUAUAGGCCCAAGGUAGUCUUAUUCCGCACACUAAGACAACAUCACACAAUGGCGUGUUUAUUGCUGCUGCAAAAUUUUGCAGAUUGUCCCCUGAGGAGGGAACGCAUCUUCCAUGACCAUACCGAUUUAUUUUCAGAGAGUGACGAGUAGGGAUGGGCAAACGAUGCCUUGUGAAGCUUUGGUAGUUUCUUCCGGAUUGUGCCGAACCAGAGCCGAACUAUUGGCGCAUUGAAAUUGGAGAGCACAGUGACAUCUAGUGGUCAGCUAAAAUUAUAGCAGCCGUUUAAACUAACUGAAUGAGAUGUACCAGUAGUUUCUGACGGUACUUCGCCUCUUAAUUAUUCAAUGUCGUUCAUUUUUGUAAGGCUACGUGUAUGGAGGACC